UCCCCCUCUGUCCUCUGACCCUCAGUCCCCUUGUCACCUCUUCGAGCCCCCGCCUAACCGGGAGCCAGGGGGUUCCCCCCUACCAGGAUGUGAGCCCCUUUAACCUGUAAUGUUGUGGCUGGCCCUUGGCCCCUUCCAUGCCAUGGAGAACCAGGUGCUGGUGAUUCGCGUCAAGAUUCCAAAUAGUGGAGCUGUGGACUGGACAGUGCACUCUGGGCCGCAGCUACUCCUCAGGGAUGUGCUGGAUGUGAUAGGCCAGGUUCUGCCUGAAGCAACAACCACAGCAUUUGAAUAUGAAGAUGAAGAUGGUGAUCGAAUUACAGUGAGAAGUGAUGAAGAAAUGAAGGCGAUGCUGUCAUAUUAUUAUUCCACAGUAAUGGAACAGCAAGUAAAUGGACAGUUAAUAGAGCCUCUGCAGAUAUUUCCAAGAGCCUGCAAGCCUCCUGGGGAACGGAACAUACAUGGCCUGAAGGUGAAUACCCGGGCUGGAUCCUCUCAACACAGCAGCCCAGCAGUCUCAGAUUCACUUCCAAGCAAUAGCUUGAAGAAGGCUUCUGCUGAACUGAAGAAAAUAUUAGCCAAUGGCCAGAUGAAUGAACAAGACAUACGGUAUCGAGACACUCUUGGUCAUGGCAAAGGAGGCACAGUCUACAAAGCAUAUCAUGUUCCAAGUGGGAAAAUAUUAGCUGUAAAGGUCAUACUACUAGAUAUUACACUGGAACUUCAGAAGCAAAUUAUGUCUGAAUUGGAAAUUCUUUAGUGUGAUUCAUCAUAUAUCAUAGGGUUUUAUGGCACAUUUUUUGUGGAAAACAGAAUUUCAAUAUGUACAGAAUUCAUGGAUGGGGGAUCUUUGGAUGUAUAUAGAAAAAUUCCAGAGCAUGUCCUUGGAAGAAUUGCAGUGGCGGUCGUUAAAGGCCUUACUUAUUUGUGGAGUUUAAAGAUUUUACAUAGAGAUGUGAAGCCCUCUAAUACACUAGUAAACACAAGAGGACAAGUCAAGCUGUGUGAUUUUGGAGUUAGCACUCAGCUGGUGAAUUCUAUAGCCAUGACGUAUGUUGGAACAAAUGCUUAUAUGGCACCUGAAAGAAUUUCAGGGAAGCAAUAUGGAAUCCAUUCUGAUGUCUGGAGCUUAGGAAUCUCUUUUAUGGAGCUUGCUCUUGGGAGGUUUCCAUAUCCUCAGAUUCAGAAAAACCAGGGAUCUUUAAUGCCUCUCCAGCUUCUGCAGUGCAUUGUUGUUGAGGAUUCACCCGUUCUUUCGGUUGGAGAGUUCUCCGAGCCAUUUGUACAUUUCAUCACUCAGUGCAUGAGAAAACAACCAAAAGAAAGGCCAGCACCUGAGGAACUGAUGGGCCACCCAUUCAUCAUUCAUUUCAAAGAUGGAAAUUCCACCGUGGUGUCCAUGUGGGUGUGCAGGGCACUGGAGGAGAGGCGGAGACAGCAGGACCCUCCCUGA